AGAAGAAGAUUUUGGGGCCGGUAAUAGAUAUAGAGCUGAGCUCUAAAGCACUUAUGCAGCCAUGGCAGCAGCCACCAAUCUUGUUCCCUGCAACCUUCCUACUACUACCCAGCUCAAAUCACCUUCCUCACCAUUUACUCCUCCCAACCCUCCAAUUUCCUUCUCCCUUAACCCAAAUCCAAGCGCCGGAUUCCUCAGUUCGAUUCAUGCUUCGCUGAAGAAGAGGAAGAGUGAUAUCCAAGUUCGUCGGAGUACUUUUGUCACUCGAAGCUCAAUUUCUCACCACUGCGGUCUUCGCAGGGGUAUCUGCUCGUUGCUAUGUCGGCGUAAUAUUUCUUUGCUGGCAAGGGUUUGCAGCGACGAUGGUCAGGUUGAAUCUUUUGCUGCCCAAAAACAAUCUCCGGAUAUUCAGGGAUUGCGAGACAACUCAUCUAGCUCACAAGAUAGUUAUGUGUCAUUGUUUAUUCGAUUGCUCGGGUUGGACAAUGAUACUCAGGACAGAGAGCAAGCUGUUGUUGCUCUUUGGAAGUACUCACUUGGUGGAAAGAACUGUGUGGACAACAUCAUGAAGUAUCAUGGAACUGUCAAUCUCAUUGUGAACCUUCUAAAAUCGAGUUCAGAUUCCGCCUGUGAAGCAGCUGCUGGUCUUUUGAGGGUUAUCUCCUCGAUUAAUCUGUACAGGGACAUUGUGGCUGGGAGUGCUGCAAUAGAAGAGAUAACUGGCCUGUUGAGGCACUCUUCCUUGUCAUACGAAGUGAAGGAGCAGGCCUUAUGCACUCUGUGGAAUUUGUCUGUAGAUGAGAAGGUUACUGCAAGGAUCGCAAACUCUGAGAUCCUUCCUUUGAUUAUCAAGUCCUUGGACGAUGAAUACAUGGCAGUCAAGGAGGCUGCAGCUGGAGUUUUAGCAAAUCUAACACUGAGCCAGUCAAAUCACAAAGUCAUGGUUGAAGCUGGAGUGAUUCCAAAGUUGACAAAAUUGUUGACACUGGAUCCGAAAGAAUCCAAGGUCAUUAAGAAAACAGCAAGAAGUGCACUGUUGGAGCUUGCUAAAGACCAGUACAACAGAAUACUUGUCCUGGAGGAAGGUCUAGUUGUGGUUCCCUUGAUUGGUGCAGAAGCAUACAAGUCUUUUAGACCAUCUUUAUAUUCAUGGCCUUCACUUCCUGAUGGUACAAAGAUUGAACAGAGGCCAAAUGGCCCUUCUAAGUAUGGUGCUUCUGAACUGCUAAUUGGAUUAAAUGUUGACAACAAAAAUGUUGACUUGGAGGAGGCAAAGACGAAAGCAGUAGUUGGGCGAACACAGCAGCAAUUUCUUGCUCGAAUAGGGGCAAUAGAAACUGAAGAUGAUAAUAAAUCUAACAGUGAAGGGUCUUCCAGUCAAAACUCUACACUUUUACCUUGGACGGAUGCAGUUGCACGACUGGUUUUAAUCCUCGGACUAGAAAAUGAAUCAGCUAUUGCCAAGGCUGCAGAGACAAUUGCAGGUGCAGCAAUCACUGAACGCAUGCGCAUUGCGUUUAAGGAAGCCGGUGCCAUCAAGAAUCUUGUUGAGCUAAUUAACCAUCCUAAUGACACGGUUAAAUUGGCUGUCAUUCGAGCUUUGGAGAAGCUGUCCAUCAGCAACAGUGUGUGCCAGACACUCGAAGCAGAAGGCAUUUUGCAUCCUCUCAUAAAUGAGCUAAAACAGUCUAGACAACAGAUUUCUCAUGACUUGACCACAAUGAUCAUAAGCAUCCUUUCUCGGAUACUGGACCCUAACAAAGAAAUGAAAUCAAAGUUUUAUAAUACACCUUUAACUGAUUCAAGAAUGGGGUGGGAUAACAAUGAGACAAUUUCAUCAAAUCCACUUUCCAGCUCAUAUAUUGUUGCUGGAGAAAACUUUAUUGAUUCUACUUUCCUAUCUUCCCUUGUGGAUAUAUUGAAGACGAACCCCGAUCUGGAGCGGAAAACUUGUUCCAUCCUCGAGUUCAUUGUGGUGAUUGAGCCUUCUUCAGUGGAAAAGCUUACAUCAGCAGGGAUAGAAUCCGCCUUGGAAGCAAUUUUUCAGCAAAAAUCUUUAACAGGAUCACAGAAUGGCAUUGAGGAUGAAACAGCAGAAUCACACAUCCUGGAAUUGGAAGAAUCUGGCUUGGCAGUAUCUGCUGCAGCCCGGCUACUCACAAAACUGCUCGACCACGACAAGUUCCAAGAAUCUGUGAAUUCACAUCAUUUUACAAAGUUGCUCCGUACAAUCCUUGUAUCCGACAUCCCUCUUGAGAACAAAAACUGGGUUGCUUCCUGCCUGGUUAAACUCAGCUCUCUAUCAUCCAAUCAAGGUCUGCUCUUCGAGGAGAAUCCAGUUAACAUGGAGGUGACUCUUUACGAAACCAUACCAAGAUUGAUAGAACAAAUGAACAGCACGUCAUUUUUGGGCGAAGUACAACGAGCAGGCGCUGCUGUUUUAGAGCUGAACAGAAUAAUAAGCGAAGGGUCAGUCGAUUACAGCAGGGCUGUCGCAUCUGGAGGAGGCAUAUUUCCACUGGUGAAGCUUAUGGAAAGCGGUGAUGAGCAGGUAGUCGAAGCCAGCUUGGCCAUACUUCAUAAUUUAAGCAUGGACAGCGAAAAUCACCCGGCGAUUAUUGCAGCUGGAGCCGUGCCGGUGUUGAGGAAACUUGUGCUUUCUCAAAGACCUCAUUGGACAAGAGCUCUUCAUUUGCUUAGGAUAUUACCUACAUAAUACUAAUCUGUUGUUAUGUCUUGUCUUUGGGAGAUGUUUUUGUUGAUGAAAUGAAAAGGUUUAGAUAGAUACUGAAAUAUAAAUGAUUUUGACUGUGACAAAAGAUUUUGUUAUGGAGGCUAUAAAUAUCCUUUGGUUUGUUGA